AUCUUCCUCGCCUCUCACUGUCUCUCUCUCUCUUGAGUCUUCAUCAAUUUUUUAAGUUCUUAAUUUACAUUACAACUCAAUGGGAUUAACCGGGGCGGUCGCUAUCCUCCUCAUAGCCUCAUUCCCUGCCAUCUUCGCUGUGACUUUCCAGGUCGGCGAUACCUCUGGUUGGGAAAGUGGUGUCGAUUACACGACUUGGGUUAGUGGAAAGACUUUCAGAGUCGGUGACACUCUAGAAUUCAAAUAUGGUCCUACACACUCGGUGUCCGUGGUUGAUAAAGCAGACUUCGAUGCUUGCGACAGUAGCGCAGCAACAGAGGUCUUCUCCGAUGGAGACACUUCGAUCGAUCUUACAGGAGUUGGAACUAUACACUUCAUUUGCCCUACUCCUGGUCACUGCCUCGGUGGCAUGAAACUCGCCAUUCCCGUGCUCGCUGCCGUUUCCUCUCCGGCCACUCCUUCACCACCGUCUUCUCCAAGAUCUUCACCGCCGCCUUCUCCUCGGACUCCACCGUCUUCCACUCCUCCGCCGCUUGCCCCUCGCUCUCCUCGCAAACCUAAAACACCGUCUCCAUCUGCUUCUCCACCGGCUAAUGAAUCAGAGUCGUCGACGCCUUCGCCCUCUCCAUCGCCGACUUCACAGCAGUCUCCAUCGACGACUUCACCGUCUCCAUCGCCGCCUAACGCGGCGUCUAAGGGAGUCAUGAGCUAUGGAAUGAUUGGAGUCACGAUGGUACUAAUGUACAAUAUAAUGAGCUAA